CCCACCAGUUCCGCCCACCUGUGCCUAGCAGUGCGCCCACCUGUGCCCAGCAGUGCGCCCACCUGUGCCCAGCAGUGCGCCCACCUGUGCCCAGCACCCAGCAGUGCUGCCAGUCAGUGCCCAGCAGUUGUGCCAGUCAAUGCCUAGCAGUGCCGGCAGUCAGUGCCCUGCAGUGAUGCCAGUGAGUGCCACCUAUCAGUGCUGUCUAUCAGUGCCACCUAUCAGUGCCACCUCAUUAGUGCUGCCUAUCCGUGCCACCUCAUUAGUGCUGCCUAUCAGUGCUGCCUAUCAAUUCCCAUCAGUGCUGCCUAUCAGUGCCCAUCAG